AUGUCGGACUCAGAUUACGGCAAAGUCUGCCUCAACGUGGCAGUUGACCACCGAAUACGACGACUUUACAAUCCCGUUCACAUCAAUACGUCCAUACCGUCUAGCCAUGUAUCUCGAAUCAAAACACGCGGGGCUACACUGUUGUCCACCGAAGACGAGAUCGAUGUCACUGCCCAGCUCGCAGGUCCAGCAACCAAAGGGGGCAUUGUGGUCAUGCUUCAACAGCCCCGUGCAAACCAUCAAUUUCAGAAAGGCAUCGAUGCUGUUAUCGAGGGCUGCAAUACCCUCAAAGCCGUCGAUGACAUCUUCUCCACAGUCUCAUGCAAUACGCUAGACAUCAGAACCAACGUUGCUGUGCUCGACCUCUUGCCGUUCGUCUCCGAUGAGGUCGACAUCAUGCCCGACGACAAGUUGAGAGACUCGUUUUGCGCCUCUGUCGGAGCCAUUUGCGACAAGGAGCCAGACGUGGUAGUUUGCGCCGGUCGAAUCCAUACCAAGAAAUUCGCUCCCAGCAAAGCGGAAGCGAUAGAGUUGGAAUGCAUAGGCGUAGGAAAAGUGUUUGGAGCGAGGUACACUCCACCGAUCGAGGCCAGAUUCCAGAAACCAGAUGGAGGACCUCUCAAGGUUCCAAGGGUGAAUGCUUCCCAUCCGAGCCAUGCUCUACACUAUAACCCACAUGUUAGCAGUUUCCGGCAACUCCUUCUCCUUAAUGGUGUAGAGGCGUGCACAAGAGUUAGAGCCGAUGACUGGGAUGACGAAGAGUGGAUGGUUGACUUGAGGAGUCGAAGUCAAGCAACCUCAAACAAGUUAUCUACACCGCCGUCUGCGUCUCACGCUCGACAUUCCAAUGCUAAAAAGAAAAGAUACUUUCCAGACUAUCAGGACCUAUACUCCGAUAAGCUACUUGACAUCCAACAACAUAUUGUACAAAUCUUCCUGUACUCGCCGUUGAAUACAGAAUCCCCAUCCAAGUUGUACCAAGACAUCAUGUCGCGGGAUUUGACUCCCGCUGGUGGUGGAGUGAGCCUAUCUGAGCACUGCAACGAUGCGAGUCUCCUUCUGCGAGAAAUGACCCGGCUUCAACAGAAAGAUUGGUCAGAAAGCAGGGCCAGGGACGUGGAACUAUCUUUACAGGAUGCAGCUGGCGAUACAGCAGACUUUGUCAAACAGUUGCGCAAGGUUGUUAAAACGGCGGGGGCAUCUCAGUUUGCAUCGAUAAUACGGCGCUUCGUGGAUUCCAUUGCUAACUGUAUCGCCGUCAAGGUUAGGAACGGAGACGUGUUUCCGGGUAUUGAGUUGAUGCCGGGUUGUGUCGCGUUUCUUGACUUGGCGACGGAGAUUGAGUCGCUGCUGCUGAAGCUUUAUGAAGAGAUGACAAGGCAAAAUAUGGCGGUUGCGGAUGAAUUGUCGAGCCACUUGGAGAAUAUGACGUUGAGCAAGGAGAAGAUUGGGCCGGUAGUUGGUGUGACAGAGGUGACGAUGCCGUAG